CGGUUAAACCCCGCAAUAACACCACCGCUGUUCAUAAGACUUCCGGUUUCCGGUUACAAUCAUUCAGUCCAAGAUGGCGGACCUCCUGGGCUCAAUCUUGAGCUCGAUGGAAAAACCUCCGACGGUCGGCGACCAGGAAAGCCGCCGUAAAGCUCGAGAACAAGCUGCUCGCAUGAAGAAGAUGCAGGAGGACGAGAAGAGGAAGAAAGCAGAGUUUAGGAAGAAGAUGGAGAAGGACGUGUCUGAUUUCAUCCAGGACAGCAGUCUGCAGAAGAAGAAGUAUGAUCCUAUGGGGAAGAUUGAGAGGAGCAUCCUACACGAUGUGGCCGAGGUGGCCGGUCUGACCUCCUUCUCCUUUGGUGAGGAUGAAGAAAGCAGAUACGUGAUGCUCUUUAAAAAGGAGUUUGCACCUUCAGAUGAUGAGCUGGAGGCGUAUCGUAGAGGAGAGGAGUGGGAUCACGCCAAAGCGGAGGAGAGACGCAAGCUGAAGGUGUUAAUCAGAAGAGCAUGGAUCUCAUUGUCCUGCCCACUUCUGUGCUCAGGAGCAGGCAGCGUUGGAGGAGGAAGCAGCCAGUCAGAGCCACAGGAGGCCGUCGUCUCCCAGCUCCAACUACAGAGACAAAUACAGCCAUCUGAUUGGCACGUCUGCUGCUAAAGAUGCUGCACACACGCUGGAGGCUAACCAGGCGUACGGCUGUGUCCCUGUGGCCAAUAAGAGAGACACGCGCUCCAUCGAGGAGGCCAUGAAUGACAUCCGAGCUAAGAAACGCCUCAAGAGAGGAGAAGACGACACGGGUGCUGGCAGCCUAUGAGACGUCUGUGUGUGUGUGUGUGUGUGUGUGUGUGUGUGUGUGUGUGUGUGUGUGUGUGUGUGAGUGAGAGAGAAUCAGUGUGUUCUUUAUGUCCCUGUACAGCAUUGUACUCUGGAGCAAUAUCUCUGUAAGGUGUGUGUGUGUGUGUGUGUGUGUGUGUGUGUGUGUGUGUGUGUGUACUGUUUAGCUAUCACUCUGACCUUGUCUGCUGCUUCUAGCCUUCUUGUAGUGUGUGUUUGUUUUUUAAAGCUUAUUAGUUUGGUGGAUUUUAUUUCUGUGUGUGUUCCUGAUGCACUAAAAAGAACUCUCUUUAGUUUUUAGUGUGUUAGUUAACUGAAGUUACGUAAAACUAAAAUGUGGGUGUGUCACUGUGAGCCAUAUAUGGACAUGUGGGUGGUUAUAUUUCAGUGAUAUAAGGCCAGAGAUGGGAAUGUGUCUUUCAGCUCAUAAAUGGCAGUAUAAGGAAAUUAAUGGCACUGAUUUAAAAAAAAGACAUUACACAUUUGGUGUGUGUGUGUCUGAGGUCAUAUAUGGACAAAGACACGGCCACUGGACCGGCUUCUCCUCGGACAGUUUAAGGCUCAGCAGGAGAAAGCUGUCUGUUUUUUCCGAGUGUUUGUGACCGUUUAAACCUCGUGUGCUUCUGCAGCGUGUUCAUAUAAAAGUGUUCAUCGUUCUCCAAAACGCUAACAAGAUCGAUCAGCGUCAUGUAGGAAAUGAGUCAGCGUGACGCACGAUCGGACAUGACGCAUGACACUUUGUACAGUAGCAUAAAACUCUUUCUUGUUCUUCGCUGAGAAGUUUUCAUUACUGUAUUCUGUCGUGUUCACGUUUGAUCCAACGAUGUAAAAGUCAAAUGUUUGAAACUGAAAACCUCCUUCAUAUUUAAAGCAUUUUAAAGCCUAAAGCUGAGUGUCAGUAAUCAGUCCUGUAAUUCUUUACAUUUUACACACUGUGUCUAAGACGCCUGCUAUUAUAACAGACUUGUCUCAUGUUGGAGUUUUAAAUAAAGAUCGGAUGAUGAAA